AUGAUAAGCUUUAAGCGUCAAAUUCCUAAUAGUCCUUUCACGGUGGAUAUAUUUAUUAAAGAGCAUAACCAUGAGAUGGCUUCACCCAAAAAGAGGCAUUUGCUAAAAUCAGCUCAUUCUAUAACUAAAGCCAAAAAGCUAGUUAUUAAAAAUAUGGUUAACUCUAGUAUAAAGCCAACUGCAACCUAUUCUUACUUGGCAGAAGAAGUUGGAGGAGCUGAUGUUUUAGGCUAUUCAAGGAAAGAUUGUUUUAAUUUUAUACACCAGUUGAUGAAAUCUAAGGUGGAAGCUGGGGAUGCUCAAAGUGUUGUUAAGGAAUUUAACAAUAGACAAGCGAGUGAGAGUCUCUUUUAUUGGGAUGUUCAACUUGAUUCUAAAGGGCGUAUAGCUAACUUUUUCUGGAGACAUGGUCGAUCUAGAAUUUACUAUGAGAUUUUUGGUGAUGUCGUUUCUUUUGAUACCACAUAUCAUACAAACAAGUAUCGUAUGAUUUGUACACCAUUUAUUGGAAUAAAUCAUGUUGGCAGAAUAUAA